AUGUCAGCCCAAACUUUAUCAGAAAAUGAAGCAGAUGAAUCCAUCGAGCGAUCCAAAAGCCUGCUGGACCCCAUCUCUGACGUAAAAGGCAAGAGUAAGCAUGAAAAGUUGAGCGAGCCACCCUCCACGGCAGUUGACUCUCCGGCGCCGGACGCACCUUCCACUUUAGAUGCUUUUACGAACGUAUCUGCGUCUGACAUUCCAUUCAAGUCGUCUCAAACGCCACAGUUAGCAACUCUCACUCCACCGAGUGUGGUAGAGCUUGAAACGUGCGCAAAAGGAUUUGGCAUGCACUCCAUGGACAGACCUGGGCCUAGCUCUGGCCUCGUAAAGCAAGCUGUGCUCGGCGGUGCUGCUCAAACAAAUGCUUCAGGGCCGAUCUCAACGGUUGCCCCUAAUCCACCUACGCAUCCCUCACUUGAGACACCUCCUGCUGAUCAGCAGCCCACGCAAGAGGAAGAACCAGAGAUCCACAUCAAGGGCAAAGGAAAUAUCACCGACUCGGCUUCCACCACUGCGGGUGCUUCUGUUCAACCAUCACCCGCAGCCAUUGGUAGCUCGGCCACGACUCCAGCAACCGGCGUGGCGAUGCCUAUGUUUUCGCAUGCGAAUGAUGGACAUGCGCUGAACGACAUAGCCAUUAAUGUCGAGGAAGAGGGCGAGCCUCUGCGUACUUCGGAAACACAGUGGUGGAUCUGCCUUCGCGACCUUGAGUUUGCCCCUUCUGUGAUGCAUGCCGGUUACACAGUCAUGGAAGAGCGGUCGAGGCGCGGGCGAAGCGUCUCCUUCUUGCUGCGGCUGACCGACUACCUUCGACUACCGAUCAAUGUCACUUCGGCCGCAUGCAUUUUCUUCCAUCGUUUCUUCAUGCGCCAGUGCAUGACGCCAGCAAACGGAUCGAACAUUAAGGUUGGGAAAAGCUUCAUGCCGCAAUGUGUCGCUGCAGCCUGCGUCUUUCUGGCUUGCAAGACGGAGGAAUCUCCUCGCAAGGUCGUCCACGUCAUCGAAGCUGCCGUGGCCGCAAGUGAUCGAACGGAAGAAGGCAGAGAGGCCUUCGAAUGUAGGGACUAUGCCAAGCGCUUCGGGCGCGCUCGCAGACGCAAGGACACCGGUGAAAUCUACGACUAUCGGCUUGUGAUCGAUGAGGAGGAAGUUGCGCGUGAUGCUUUGCGCCCCGGCGUCAAGGGCGCAGCCCAGCGCGACGAUCGGUUGUGGGGUCCAGUCCGAUGGAAGCAGAAUAUUCUUACGACCGAGAUGUGGCUCGCUCAAGCGCUCUGCUUCGAUUUCAUCGUCUUUCACCCGCAUGAAUAUUUGAUCAUCAUGGCCAGGGAGCUAAAUUUUAGCAACAAAAUUUUCUGGUCGGCCUGGUUUAUUCUGGUCGAUUGCUUUAGAGAUCCGAUCCUGAUUGCUUUCCAACGGACCGUACUGGUAGCAGCUGCGUACAAACUUGGUUGCGACCGAUGGGAGAUUUCGCCAUCACACCUUGACAAGCAUGUCCAAAGUAUGGAGGUGGAUGACGAUUUGCAAGAGACUCAGAAGCAGAGCAGUAGCUGGACUUGGCUUAAUGCUUUCGGUGUCAGCGAGUUCGAAGUCGCCGAAGCCGCUAGAGCGAUUGAGGAUAUGCAAGCCAUCCAUGCGGACAUGACGAUUCCGGUGGAGGAAAGCCUGAAGGCGCGGAUCCCAGAAAUGCUGAGGAGGGAAGUGCAGCGCCAGAAUCGUUCGGUCGCAGCAUGCUUCCCAGAUGCUGUCUCAAAGCCGUCCGCCCUUCGUACAUGGAAGGCCUGCAAUGCACCAACCCCGCCAUCUCUACCCGGUCCUCCCCUUCCGCUCGGUCCAGCGCCCGCAGGAAACGGCCGCACUCCAUCAUACAUGCCUGGCUCACUGCCAUCUCAACCCUCGGCCUCGCGCAUUCAGCAAAAUGGAGCGACUGUAGCACCUCCGCCAUCGGCGAUCCUCAUCCUGCUUCUAGACAGGAAGAAGACCAUCCACUCAGACAGCAGGAUGCUGCGCAGCCCUCGAAGCGCUCAGACGGCUAUGAAUUUCGGUCUUCCAAGCCUUCGGGUAAAGAGCCAGAGUUAA